AUGCAUUACCCGACAGUGGGAGUACGGUACACGGACAACCAGAGGGUCAUCAUACACGUCAAGGAUGUGAACGACGAACCGCCAUACUUUAUCAACCGGCCGCUGCCAAUGCAGGCCGUUGUACAGCUGAACGCACCCCCGAACACCCCUGUGUUCACCCUGCAAGCUCGCGACCCUGACACGGACCACAACAUACACUAUUUCAUCGUGAGAGACCGCACGGGAGGUCGGUUUGAGGUGGACGAGAGAUCGGGUGUCGUGCGUACACGUGGCACGGACCCCUUCCAGUUGGACAUGGAAUACGUUCUUUACGUGAAAGCUGAAGAUCAGAACGGUCGAGUUGACGAGCGGCGAUUCCAGUCGACUCCCGAGGAGCGACUAUCGAUUGUGGGCGGGAAGAGGGCGCCACAGUUCUACAUGCCGUCUUAUGAAGCCGAGAUUCCUGAAAACCAGAAGAAGGACUCUGACAUAAUAUCAGUGAAGGCGAAGUCGUUUGCGGAUCGUGAAAUAAGAUACACCCUGAAGGCUCAAGGUCAGGGUGCAGGCACUUUCAACAUUGGCCCCACAUCAGGCAUAGUGAAGCUUGCGAAGGAGCUCGACUUUGAAGAUCUGAGACAACCUCAUGUAUACUCGCUCAUUGUAACAGCAACUGAGGACUCUGGGGGCUUCUCUACUUCAGUUGAGCUCACUAUCCGUGUGACGGAUGUCAAUGAUAACGCUCCAAAAUUUGAGUUACCAGAUUACCAAGCGCACAAUGUGGACGAGGACAUUCCGCUUGGAACAUCCAUCCUAAAGGUCAAGGCUACAGAUGCAGAUUCUGGCUCAAAUGCCGAAAUCGAGUAUCUGGUGUCAGACGAUCAUUUCAGCGUGGACUCGAGUGGAAUCAUAACCAACACGAAGCAACUUGAUGCAGAUAAUAACAAUGCAUAUUAUGAGUUUGUUGUUACAGCAAAGGAUAAAGGAGAGCCUUCAAAAACCGGCACAGCUACUGUUCGCAUCUACACAAAGAAUAAAAAUGAUGAAGAACCAAAGUUCUCGCAGCAAGUGUAUACUCCAAAUGUGGAUGAAAAUGCUGGUCCCAAUACUUUAGUUACAACAGUUGUUGCUUCUGAUAAAGAUGGAGACAAUGUCAGGUUUGGAUUUGUUGGUGGGGGUACGUCCUCUGGCCAGUUCGUCAUCGAGGAAAUCACCGGAGUGAUUCGGCUACAUGGGAAGGCAAUAUCUCUGGAUCGAGACAAGUAUGAACUGAAUGUAACAGCUAUGGAUGAUGGGGCAUGCUGUGUGAAUGGCGAUGCCACAAUUCACACGAGCACGGCCGUCGUCGUCGUUUUUAUCACGGAUGUGAACGACAACAAGCCGAUGUUCAAAGACUGUGGGACGUACUAUCCUAAAGUGGAGGAAGGUGCUCCCAAUGGCAGUCCAGUCAUAAAGGUAUGCGUGCUGCGUAAACUGUGUACACCUCGCAGACUGUAGGUGACAGGUGUUUAUAAAAGUAACAUUUA